GCCAAGGUAAGAUUUGGGAGGGGACCGGCCGGGUCUAGGGGUAAUAUUUGGGAGUGGACAGGCCGAGGUAAGAUUUGGGAGUGGACUGGCUGGGUCUAGAGGUAAGAUUUGGGAGUGGACCGGCCAGGUCUACUCUGAUUACAGCAAUGCAUUUUCGUGGACAAUUUCAAAGAAAUAGAAAACUGUUUACUUUGUUAUUUUUCACAUUUGAAAUUAAAGUACAUGCACCGCAAUCUUUUAAGAUUUAUCCGCAAAUGUUGACGUCUGUUGUAAAAUGUAAACCCCUUGAAUUUAAUGAAAAGUCAAGUAUUAAAUCAAUAUUUUUGCGGCUGGCUGAAAACAUACUUAAAGCUUAUAAAUUGAUGUUAAAGUAAAGUUCCCAAACAGCUUCAAAAUCCAUAAGUUAUCAUUUAUGGCCUGUGAGCUUUGCAUGUGAAUGACACAUGAACACAAUUUGUCAUUAUCUUCUAGGAGACCAGACUUUUUGGAGUACAAGUGUUGAGAAAAUUAGCCAGACGGACCAAGUGGUCAGUGGACUGAGAGAGGUCAGGGAGGUCACUCCUGGAAUCGCUGGUGUUAAGUAACACAGAACUAUGCCAACAACCUCCAUACGACUCGGUAAAUAGAGAGAGUCCUCCGUAAAUAGAGAGUCCUCGACAAAGCCUGUGUGGCUGAUUAACCUGGUAAAUCGAGAUAGGAAUAGGUCAAACACCUUUGUGUAUUCCCUCCUAAGAAAGGCCAUAUAAAUGGUUUAGUUGGUUUGAAUUUUUUUUUUUUAAAUUAGAUUUUAAAGUAAAAAUUACUAUUUGAAUUUAAGUCAAUCUAUUUUUAAUUACAAUUUAUUUUUUUUCAUUUAUUUACCUUAGCUCUUGAAGCAAUUAGUAGAAUGUGUUUACAUUACUGAUUGACUGUAAGAUGUGAAGUUUUCUCCUUAAAAUGUCCAUCAAAACCAGUGAAUGAUAAUGUCCACCAAGGGCAAAAUUAAUCCUGAAUAUGCAUUAUCCUGUUGUGGGGAUAUGUAUUGAUCUAUUGCGUGUAUUUAUAAAGCCAGGUGUUAUGGAAUUAUAUUUGGUGGAACUGGCCUCUCAUUAUAGCAGUACUGAUAGGGUGUUGGAUUCAUCAUGCUAAUGGCCCUUGCAUUAUUAUUGUGAGAUUACUGGACACUGCAAAUAUUAUUUGUUUUCUAGACAGCCCUGCCAAGCACUGAACCAGUAUAUUGUUACUAUUAACAUAUGCUAGAUGUAUGAGCCUGAUUGUGCCAAUUUUUAUGACUGCUGGUCAGUGAAUGUGGCAGUGGGGUAACCCAGGGGGAACCUCCGGUGAGAAACUCUUUGCUGAAGUGAGGAAGUGAGAACUGGAGAGACCAUUCACCUUUCCCACCCAGUGCUGGUUUAUCUAGGUUGAUCCAGGUAGGAGCGGAAAUGAGAUUUUCAUCAAAGGGAUAAUAAAGACACAUCAUCAGGCAUACAUGUGUCCGACUUUCAAUACAAGAGGCGGAUUACCUGAAGUUAAUUUUCGCAGGAUUUGCUACGUACAUCUGAUAUACAGACAAAGCGACCAGACGCCAGUGCAGCCAGUAUAGAUGAUGAGUAGGGGGAAUUUGGAGUGUGUAUGAAGACUGUCACAAUGAACCCCGGGAUGGGGCAUGACCCUAUGUCAUCAGAGUCCAGCCAUAUGCAGCUUUUAAACCAUGGAGCCAUUGACUUUCUGGAAGCGCCUAUGAAUGCAGAUCAGCCGUAUGGAAUGGAUCAUCAUGGUACCUAUAUGUCACAGGCCACAUACGACCCCUACAUCUACAACCAGAAGAGUAAUUAUAUGGUGCACCAAGGAAUCAAAAAUCAAGUGUUUGAUCCGCAGGGAAUGUACGAGAUGCAGAGUCCCACUACAAUGUCAGACCUGAGUAUGUCUCCCUCCCCACCCCCACCCCCCAGAGUUUACAAGCCCUGUGUGGUGUGUAGUGACAAGUCCUCAGGGUACCACUAUGGUGUGAGCUCUUGUGAAGGAUGUAAGGGAUUCUUCAGACGGAGUGUUCAGAAAAACAUGCAGUAUACUUGCCACAAGGACAAGAACUGUCCUAUCAAUAAGGUCACCAGAAACCGCUGUCAAUAUUGUCGGCUUCAGAAAUGUUAUGCAAGCGGAAUGUCCAAAGAAGCAGUGAGAAACGACAGAAACAAAAAGAAAAAGCCCAAGUUAGAGAAUCCAUCGUCCAACAUUGAGGAGAUCACGGAGGAUGAACAAGGUGUUUUACAGGAGAUUCUCGAGGCUCACAGAGUGACGUUUCCACAGAUCGAGGAGGCAGUCCUAUCUCCCAUGUCCUGUCCCGAUACUCGCAGUGAUAUUGAAAACGAUGAGGCAUCAAAAGAAAACACUGUACAUCAAAAUCAAAAGAAGGAAAAGUCCAUGCUAUGGGACAAAGUGACAGAACUUUCAUCAAAAGGAAUUAUAAAAAUUGUGGAAUUUGCCAAGAAAAUGCCCGGAUUUACUUCCCUUUCUACCUCGGAUCAAAUCACCCUCCUAAAGGCAGCUUGCUUAGAAAUUAUGAUUUUACGACUGUGUUCACGCUAUGACUUAGAAAAGGAUGAGAUGUUAUUUAAUGGGGGACUGAGUCUAGACCGAGAUCAGCUACAGAGAGGAGGCUUUGGUUCUUUAACAGACACUAUAUUUAGAUUUGCCUCCUCUCUCAAAGUGUUGGACAUAGAUGAGACAGAGUAUGCCGUUCUCUCUGCAGUUUGUCUAAUAUCUGGAGAUCGCUCUGGACUUGAGGAACCUGAGAAAAUCGAACAAAUGCAAGAACCAAUACUAGAAGCAUUGAAGCAUUAUGUGAGGUCGCGCCGGAAAGAUCUCCCUAAUGUUUUUGCGAAAAUUUUAUAUAAAGUCACAGAUUUAAGAAGCAUAAGUGUGAAAGGGGCUGAACGGGUUCUCCAUUUGCGGUUGGAAAUGCCAGAUGAACUUCCACCGUUAAUCAUUGAAAUGUUGGACAGACAAGAAAAUGUGUGUAUCCCGUGACAGGAUUGUAUGACAGCAAAGCAAUUAAAAUAAUACUCCCUGUGCUCUUAGUACUGGCAUGUAAAGAAAGAUCUGACUCCAUACCUGUGAGAACGUACUCAAACCAGUGAUAACAAAAUAAUGAAAAGCCGUUUAUUGCACAGAGCCUCACUUCGGCUCCGCUAUAUUGGAGGCUGUGGGUGGUUGCUGAUACAGACCGAGGCUUGUGAUGAACUCCAGUUUUAUUUAUUCUAUGUAUGAUUGUCACAGACAUGUAAAUACACAAAGUCUGUGUGGCCCAGUGGUGACUCUCUAGAGUCUGUAAUGAGAAUAUUGUGGAUGGUCCUGAGAGAAUGUGUGUGUGUGUGUGUGUGUGUGUGUGUGUGUGUGUGUGUGUGUGUGUGUGUGCAUGCAUGUGUGUAGCUCGGUCAGAAGUGGGCUAUGUGUGUAUAAAUAGGAUUGCUGCUGUUUUUCUCUGCUUUUAUCAGACUACAAACGUUUUGAUGACAAAAUGAUCUCAUUCAAAAUCUGUAUGUGGUAUAUCAUGAGUUACAACAGAUAAUCGUAUGUUGCUCUGGUUCUCGAUUUGUUUUAAUGGUGUAUUUUAGCGACAGUUUUCUGUAUGUUUUUGGUGACUUCGGUUUUUCCAGGUUAUAAUGCAUUGUACUCCAUUGAUUGCAAGAUUUUCCUCUUGUCCUUCUCUGAAUUUUAAACAACUAUACAUUGCAUUUGUGAUAUUAUUUACCAUUUUAGACAAACUUGUGCUUAUUUCAGGUUUCCAUUAGAAUUGUUAAACUUUCAGAAUUUAAAAAAAAAAUUGAUUCCUAUUUUCUCUCCAUUUAAAAAUGGUGUUAUUUAAAAUUAAUUAUUUUGCUUAUCAAUGCAUUGAACAUGUAUGUGUAUGAAUUUGGAAAAUAUUCUAUUGUUACAAUUUAACAUCUAAAAUGGAAUUUUCAUCUGGAAUUGAAUUUCUUCUUUUGCUGUAUUAAUAUACUUGUUUUUGUGGAUUCGGAUUUUUGUGAUUUGAGAAAGGUAUCAUAUUUCUCGAGUUAUUGUACUUUACACAGUUCACUUCUUCUGGUCAUGAAGGAUUAUAAAAACAACGAAAAUUAGACCGCUGUGAAUAUUUCUGAUUUUACAGUACACCGUCUAUUAUGAAAACAAACAGUUAUAUACAAGAUGUUUUGAAAUAAAACGUAUUACAGAUUUUUCACUUGGAUUUGAAGAAGGCAUUUAAACAAGUUUUAAUGUAUUAAAUUGGGUAUAAAAUAUCAGGAAUUGUGUGAUGAAGACAAGUUGUGAUAUUAUUCCAGUUUGCUCAAUAUUGUCUUAGGGAUUAUCUACCUCGUAAUGUGUUAGGUACACGCAUGUUGUUAAAACUACCUUCCUUACCAAUUUAUUUCAAAGGGGUUUUUAUCUCUGUGAAAUAUAUGACAGUGUCCUCAAAAACACUAUUGUCAAAAUGUGAAAUUACACUUCCCAAGCAUCAGAGCAAUGUUUGUACAAUAUACUAAUGAGAACAAUUGUGAUUUUUUAAUGUUGUGAGAUGAGUGCUUGUUUUUGCUGGUGUGUUUCAGUUCACCGAGUCACCGAAAUUUAUGAAUCGUAUAAUUUUUUGACAAGGGUAACUUGCACACACAAGGAAAAGUAGCUUGUUCAUUUUUAACUGGACAACAAUUAUGUUUUAAUAUUUUCUGCAUUGAUACCAUGUGACAUAUUUAUAUCAUUCAUUAUAUUGAUGGCAAGGAUUAGUCUUGAAAACUUGAAAUAGUCAAAAUCUGAUGGAUUUCCCUACAUUUGUAAUAUGAUAUGGUUAAUGUAAAAAAUCAAAAUUCUUAGCAUGCAUAAAUCUAUGCUGUAGACUCUUUUUGGUUCUCUGUGUAGAUUGUGCCUCUGUUCUUUGUGGAAUAUUCUGUAAGAGUUCCAUCUCUUUUGUGUAGUGUGGAGCUGCUCAGAUAGUACAUGGUACUUCUGCUUAGUUAUCUCAGAAAUUCAAUGUUUUGUUUGGGGAAAAGAAGUUUAGGGGGAAAACAUCUUAUACAUAUUCAUGUUUUGUUAGGGAAAAAGAAGUUUAGGGGAAAAACAUCUUAUAAAUUCAAUGUUUUAUUUGGGGGAAAAGAAGUUACAGGGGAAAACAUUUUAUACAUAUUCAUGUUUUGUUAGGGGGAAAUUACUUUAGGGGGAAACAUCUUUUAAAUUAAAUGUUUUAAUUUUGGGAAAGAAGUUGACGGGAAAACAUUUUAUACAUAUUCAUGUUUUGUUAGGGGGAAAGAACUUUAGGGGGAAACAUCUUUUAAAUUCAAUGUUUUAUUUUGGGGGGGAAGAAGUUGAGGGGAAAUCAUGAGGUUCCGGGUUUACCAUCAUUAUUAGCAGCAUGCAUCUUAAUGAAUCUGCCUGAACAAAAGAUGUGUGUGCACUUCAUAAAGUCCAAUCCUUGCUCUACAAUAAUACUCUGUAAAGGUUCUCCGGUGAAUAUUAUUAUAUUCAGAUACUAUAUACAUCAUUCAUCGUCAGCAUAGAGAAAAAAAUAGCACAUUGUUUCUGAAAAUAGUUGAAUAUGAUUUGAUAAAUUACAGUAAUGAACUAAUUAGGACUCUUCUGUCAUUAAGCUUGAUUAUUUCACAACACUUGUAAUGUGGAGAAUGAAAUACAAGAAAAGAAUACAUAUGAGGGGAAGUUUUAUGUUCAUACAAUGUUUAUAUGUAUGAAGAUUUUUAAUUAAAUAGGUAGGUCUCGUUUUGGAAAUUAUAUUUUACGUGCUAAGAUAUACCCAACGAACAUUCAAGAAUCUUUGCUUCAUUGCAGUAAGAUUUAAGUCUUAUUAAGCCAUCAUACUGAUUAAGAUGCAAUGAUAAAACCUGACAUGCAUCACACUAAACUAGUGCCUUUUCUGCCUGUACAAUGUUCACACCUACCUGUACAAUGUCACACCUACCUGUACAAUGUUCACACCUACCUGUACAAUGUCACACCUAUCUGUACAAUGUCACAUCUACCUGUACAAUGUCACACCUAUCUGUACAAUGUUCACAUCUACCUGUACAGUGUUCACAUCUACCUGUACAAUGUUCACACCUACCUGUACAAUGUCACACCUACCUGUACAAUGUUCACAUCUACCUGUACAAUGUUCACAUCUACCUGUACAGUGUUCACACCUACCUGUACAAUGUUCACAUCUACCUGUACAAUGUCACACCUACCUGUACAAUGUUCACAUCUACCCGUACAAUUUCACACCUACCUGUACGGUAUUCACACCUUAUUGACAUCACGUAAUGCUAAUUUUCUUCACAUUCACAUUCUGGUUUGUAUGCAGACUCGGUACGGUGAAUGGACUAUGAGAACAUUACGUUGAAUGAUAUAUUGAGGCCGAUUCUUGAUAUGUAGGUUAUGUUAGCUGUAUGGUGGUUUUAGAGGAAAACGUUUUUAAGACUGUGUUAAUUAAAACUUAUCAUUCAAAAUAUUUAAGAAGAAAUAAAAGACAUUUUAUAAGACAGCUGUCAUUACUGUGCUAGUACAUGUGUACUGAUAAUUUUUCAAUGAGUGAAAAAUAGCCAUACUGAAGGACUUGGGGUGUCUUCCCAUUUUAUUGUAUAAUUGAAUGAGUGAAUAUGCUUACAGCGUUACAUUUGUACUUGUAUGAUAAACUACCUCAUCAGAGAAAAUUAUUAAACAUUGUGAAAUUUUG